CAGUAGGGACACAAGUAAAUGGCCCGGAUUUGGAACCUGCAUUCUGCCUAAGGAUGAAAAAUUCUACAAGGCUGAACCCCAGUCAGGGGUGGAAGCUCUCUGAGCUUCUAAAUGAAUUACAACGAAUCCAUCGAGAUGAUGUGAAACUUUAUACCUCAGGACACCUGAACCCCAAUAAACUCUUUACUCCCAGUAAGCCCACUUGCUUCUGGUCUGGUUCCGUUGGGCCAAUCAGCAAAAGGAUAGUGCCAAAAGAUUAUUUUGAUGAGAGAUCAGGAAAGAUGGAAGAUGCUUUGUCUGAAUUUGCCAUCAAUACUGCUCUGGUCUCAGAUACUUCUGAUGGUUCUGCAUUCUUGAAAGCUUUAGACACUCGGCCACAAGGUGGUUUACUUCCCAGCCUUCCAAUCUCUGAUAUAGCUCUUGAACAAAAACUAAAAGAAGAGAGAAAAAAACUACAAGAUGAAAUGUUUAAAAAAGAUCUCAAAUUGCCAGAGCUCCGACUGCUGAAGUAUAAGCCAGCCAAAAAUAGUCGCCAGUGUCUGUCUUCUGCUACUGGAGAUGAAUACCAAUUUAUUAGCUCCUAUUUGUCUGGCGUGACUAAAAAGGAUAAGUUUCUCAAGUUUUUGCAAUUUGAAAAGGAUGUGGUUGCAAAGCAAGAUCUCGUGGAAAGUGAUUUCACCGGGGGUAAGGUGGCCACAAGCCAUGAAAAGAAGUUGGAACAGGAACUCCAGAAAAUGAACAAUAGUGUUCCUCCCCAAUUUAACAGACUGCAGGUGUUUGGGGACAUCUUUGAGGACAUUUGUAAUAGUUCUCUUAUCUUUGGUGAUCUCUUGAAGGAAGUGAAGAAUGAAUAUGAACUCUACAUGGCAAUUCUUCUGGAUUCCCAGGCAUCCACACAAUACAAGACUUUGAUGGCUCAAGUAAAGGGAAUAGAAAAGAGAACUGUGAUGACUUCAGACAUAGAAGAAGCCAGAAAUGAAGUCAAGAGGCUUAUAAAGGUAGCCAAAGAAGCUUUAGAGAAAAAUGAAGAACUCCGCAGUGAAUUGGAAAUAGAAGAACUGAUUAGCAAGAGUCCUAGUAUUAAAUCAGAGUCAUCUGAAAGUGAAGUGAUUGAAGAAAAGUUACUUAGUGUGACUGAAAAGAUUGAAGAAAAGAGAUGUCAAAUUCUUAGUAAAUGGGAUGAAAUUUAUGCUCUUGAAAAAACCAUCAAGACCAACUUGACUCAUGCUGGAAUUGUAAGCAUCGCUGAGAGUGGCAUUAAAAGCAUUGAGACUGAAGCUAUUAAGUUGGAGACAGUUAAUGGAAUUUUAAAGAAAAAAAUAAUGGACUCUGAAUUAAAAAUCAAGGAAAACCUUGACAGGUAUAAAGUAAGCCGGGAAGAACAGCAGAAUUUUUGGGAUUUCCUUGAUGCUCUUAUAAGAUCUGAAGAAGUGGAAGAAUACUACUGACUACCUGGGAAAAUGGCAUGUGAACAUCAAGAAUGAUCUCAUGAACAAACCCAUGACAUUUUGAAACAUACAAAUUAAAUCAGUUUGGUCCCAUUUUUUGUUUAUCUUAGAAUCAAGUUCAGUAUUAUUUUCCAACUCAAAACAGGAAUACACACAUGUAUAUACAUAUAUAUGUAUAUACAUAUAUAUGUCGAGCAAACAUUUUUGUGAAUUUUUUCUGCUUAUCUUUUCUAUGCUUUUCUGCUAUCUGUAUAUAUUUGUAAUGCUGUAUCUAUAGAAUCUUUGGAGAGACAAUUAUUUCGUUUAAUAACUUUCCUUUGGGAAAAUACUUGGCAUAGUUUUCAUAAGUAGGAAAAUUAG